AUGCGCUGGGUGUUUGUGGUGGCGCUGCUUACCGUGCUGGCCCUUGCCGUGUCUGCGCAAGAAGAUGAGCGCGUGAAAAUAUCCAUGCUGCUGGAGCGUCGUCAGGCGCUGGGUGGUGGCGCCGGUAAGCCAGAUACUACCACAGCCACCACGCCCGCCUCGAUCUCAGGAUACACUCCGCCACCUAGAAGCACUACCCCGACCCCCACGAAUUUCAAGAAAGGCUCGAUUUUGAGUCUUGAGGAUGUGGAUGGAUACAAGGAGGCGAAGGAGUUUGCCCAGUCGUCAGGUGUGAUGACAUUGGCCCCUGCGGUGCUAGUGACUGGUGCUCUGGCCAUUGUGGGCGGCGCCAUCUUUUUGUGA